UUAUGUUUGCUUUGGACAUACCAACUUCACACAGAGAGCCACACAGCUUUUAAGGAGUCUUACUUAGACGAUAUUGGUAUGUUUUAUUGUAAUUUUGCGCUAAUCGUCCUGUUUUCUUCAGCAUCUUCUGGUGACCUCAUUCAGCAGAUUUAAUUGGUGAUGACGCCAUAUCCGGACCUGCGCAGAAGGCAGGAAACGGCGUUUGCUGGCAGCGGAGCUUCGACACAGAAUUGAUGUCUUACCCCAAUUAUCGACUAUUGCGUUUUUAAAAAAUCAUUUAUCGACUUUCUCACCAUGGAGCUGUCUGAAAUACUGUACAACAAAGCGGAAUAUAUUGAGACGGCCUCUGGAAACAAAGUGAGCAGACAGUCUGUACUGUGUGGGAGCCAAAACAUCAUUCUUAAUGGCAAGACUAUUGUCAUGAACGACUGCAUCAUCAGGGGAGACCUGGCUAAUGUCAGAGUGGGGAGACACUGUGUUGUGAAAAGCCGGAGUGUCAUACGACCACCGUUCAAAAAGUUCAGCAAAGGAGUGGCCUUUUUCCCUCUCCACAUCGGAGACCACGUCUUCAUCGAGGAGGAUUGUGUGGUGAACGCAGCGCAGAUCGGUUCCUACGUCCACAUCGGCAAGAACUGCGUCAUAGGUCGACGGUGUGUGCUGAAGGACUGCUGCAAGAUCUUAGACAACACCGUGCUCCCCCCUGAGACCGUGGUCCCUCCUUUCACCGUCUUCUCCGGAUGUCCAGGUUUGUUUUCAGGAGAGCUCCCAGAGUGUACGCAGGACCUGAUGAUUGACGUAACCAAGAACUACUACCAGAAGUUCCUGCCCCUCAGUCAGAUCUGAGUCCCACUCCUGAAUCCUCAACCAGGGCCUGUCCUCUGUCCAGCCAGUCACAGCCAGACCCCGGGGGCCUCAGGUUGGACAACAGUGGACUCUUAGAGCUAUCCUUCAUCCCUGGGCUUCACUAUGCAGAGGAAAAACAUCCCCUUUGAGGUUUAAAUGAUAAGAAACUGCACUUAAAAUGGUCCACACUAUCCAGAAAUGCUACUCCAUGUUUAAGUGCAGACACUUUAAUAUUUGCCAUCCUGGCUAAGACGCCCUAAACUUGUUAUUUAUAUAAGCACCCUGGUAUUCCCUAGCAGUGUCAUGGAAAAUACUUUUUGAUCUGUGACUUUCUGACAGCAGCUCUGUCUUGGAGCAGAGGAGGACAAGCGAUGAAGGACGGGUUAACAAAGCUUAAUGGCAAUGGACCAAAACGGUAGCAGUGAUUCUUUGUUUCCAGCACCUUCUACAGGAAAGAUGUUGUCAAAGGAUGUUUAUUAUUUGCUUUCUCCGCUACUGGGUACACAUUUUAACACUUUGAUUUCAUUCAGUGUGAUAACUGUUGGCAUUUUACCGGAGAGCCCGUUUCAUCAUUCUUUUUAUGAAUGUGCAAAAAUCACAGCAACACUUAGUGAAGCAUUUAAAUAAAUUUAAAUGUGUCUUUAAAAAGUACCAUGUGUGUAGUGUGGGAUUGUGUUAUCACUGGGUGUAAAGUGACCUAUAGGAUUAGUGAUACAAAUCAUUUUGUGACUUUUGUAGGUUUUUU